GGCAGAGCGCGGGGCGGCGGGGGAGCCGCGGGUGCGCAGCGGGAGCGGAGCGAGCGGCACCGGGCGGUACCGGCACGGCGGGGACUCGGUGACGGGCGAGCUGUCGGAAACGCGCGUUGUGUGCCAGGCUGCCCCGAUGCCAGCCCCCACCCUGCAGCCCGGCCGGCUCCGUGAGUAACCAACCCUCGCUGGGCGCUGCUGUUGGUGCGAGUAACAGGAACUGUGCUGGCCUCGUGCUGCUGAGGAAGGAGCAGGAGGAGGAGGAGGGCGGCAGUGACACUCGCAGCCUGCUGGAAGCGCUGGCUGUGCUGGCAGAAAGCCGCAGGAGCCUUCGGAGGGGAAUCCUGCAGAGGGACGGUGCUGCUGGCAAAGCCCUGGCAGCAAGAAGAGCCUGAGUGGGAUCAUGUCUGAAAGCCAGUCCUCUCCUUCAGUGUUCCUUUAAGUUUCUACAUCCUUUACUUCAUCUGUUUUUCCCUCUGCCCCGUCACAUCUGCUGGAAGACAUCUGGGAGGAGAUGCGCUAAGGCAUCACACAUCUGGGGAGGAGAGCUCGGAUCGUGCACAGGGCGCUGGGAAGGAGCAGAACAGGGGGAACCGAGCCAUUCCCAGCUGCUGCCGUGUCCCCUGCGCUCCGCGUCCCUGCUUGAUGGGGAUCGCUGCCGCAGCAGCAGGCUCCGCACUCCCGGGCGGGCGAGCAGCGCUGGCACAGCUCCCUCCUGGAUGCUGGCAAGGCCGUGUGGAUAAGCUGCUGGCAGAAGAUCCCUCCUGGAGCAGCUGCUGGCUGUAGGCCCAGCGAGCCAAGGGUCGGGAGAGCGUGUCCUGCAGCAUGACAUCCACGCUGGAGCCCAAGGAUCCCCCCCAGGCCAACGGGGACUGCGGGCAGCCCGCGGGGCCCGAGCAUUUCCUGCGGCCCGAGGGCACCGCCGUGGACCUGGUGGUGCUGGAGUCCCGAGCCAACGCCAAAGGGGUGAGGGAGGAGGAUGCUCUGCUGGAGAACGGCAGCCAGAGCAACGAGAGCGAUGACACCAGCACGGAGCGGGGGCCUGAGCCCCCCUCGCCCCUCAAGGAGACCUCGUUUUCCAUCGGGCUGCAGGUGCUGUUCCCCUUCCUGCUGGCUGGAUUUGGCACGGUGGCUGCUGGGAUGGUGCUGGACAUUGUGCAGCACUGGGACGUCUUCAAGCAGGUCACUGAGGUGUUCAUCUUGGUCCCUGCUCUGCUGGGGCUGAAGGGGAACCUGGAGAUGACGCUGGCAUCGCGCCUGUCCACAGCUGCUAAUAUUGGCCAAAUGGAUUCACACAAAGAGCUCUGGAAGAUGAUUACAGGGAACAUGGCUCUGAUACAGGUCCAGGCCACCGUGGUUGGUUUCCUGGCCUCAAUUGCAGCCGUGGUGUUUGGGUGGAUCCCAGAUGGGCACUUCAGCAUGGACCACGCUGUCCUGCUGUGUGCCAGCAGCGUGGCCACUGCCUUCAUCGCUUCCCUGGUCCUGGGCAUGAUUAUGAUCGGGGUGAUCAUUGGCUCCAAGAAGAUGGGGAUCAAUCCUGACAACGUGGCCACGCCGAUCGCUGCCAGCCUGGGGGACCUCAUCACCCUGGCCCUGCUCUCAGGGAUCAGCUGGGGGCUCUACAAGGAGCUGGACAGCAGAGCCUACGUGAACCCCUUGGUGUGCGCCUUCUUCCUGUCGCUGCUGCCCAUCUGGAUCAUCAUUGCCAGGAGGAAUUCUGCCACCAGGGAGGUGCUGUACUCGGGCUGGGAGCCUGUCAUCAUCGCCAUGGCCAUCAGCAGCGUCGGGGGGCUCAUUCUGGACAGGACAGUGUCGGACCCCAACUUUGCUGGCAUGGCAGUGUUCACCCCAGUCAUCAACGGUGUGGGUGGCAACCUGGUGGCAGUGCAGGCCAGCCGCAUCUCCACCUACCUGCACAUGAGUGGGGAGCCUGGAGAAGGCCCUGGCACGGCCCCUCGCAAGUGCCCCAGCCCCUGCAGCACCUUCUGCAGCUCAGACGUGAACUCCCGCUCUGCCCGCGUGCUGUUCCUGCUAGUGGUGCCCGGGCACCUGGUGUUCCUCUACACCAUCCACUCCAUGCAGGGGGGACACACCACGCUCACCCUCAUCUUCAUCGUCUUCUACAUGACAGCAGCACUGCUCCAGGUGCUGAUCCUGCUCUACAUCGCAGACUGGAUGGUGCACUGGAUGUGGGGCAGGCACCUGGACCCCGACAACUUCUCCAUCCCGUACCUGACAGCCCUGGGGGACCUCAUUGGGACGGGGCUGCUGGCCCUCAGCUUCCACGUGCUCUGGCUCAUCGGGGACAGGGACUCCGAUGUUGGGGAUUAAACCUCCCUGCUCCUCCCUUCCCACAGCUCUCCUCCUUCCAUUUGUUGUUUCUUUGCUUCUCCCCCUCCUGUUCUGCCACCCCCCACCCCCUGGAAGAUUUCACCUUUGAUACUGGAUUCUCAUUAUUUUCAAUGGGAAUUUUACCUGGUUUAUAUUUCAAGCCAAGUUUGUAAAAAAAAGAAAAAUCUUAUCUAGUUUUGGGAAGGACAGACAAACAAACAAAAAGUGUAACGAGACAAUCACUAAGUGCAAUUUUUGUAGCAGUUGUGUCCGAACCAAGGUUCCAGUUAAGUUCCUGCUCGAUCAGGUCAUGCAGGGAGCCCCCCCUGCCUCCUCCCUCGAGGUUCAGGGCUGCUUUUUUCGCUUCAUAAGCGUUUUUUAAACCCUGCAGGUGGAGCUCAGGUCUGCCCAGCUGAGCUGGCACCUUCCAGCCAAGCACAACCUCACAGCCCAGGGCACGGGGUACCCCUGAAAGGAGGAUCCAGCCUGGGCCCACACCCAGAAAUGGGGAGUGUCUGUGAGGGGGGAUGAGGAGGAUGGUGAGGAAGGCUCCUGUGUUCAGCACAGGAAUGUGAGUGAGCAGGCUGGGCUCUGCUGGCAGCUCCAGGCUCCUUUUUGCCACCCACCCCAGAGUGCAGCAUGCUGCUCCUGCCUUGGCUCUGAGCCUGGCCUAGAGGGACUGAGGACCCUCCUCACCCAUCACCAUCACCAUCCUCCUGCCCAGAGAUCCCUCCUGGUGCUGCUCCAUUCCCUGGCUGACCUUCCCAGAGGGGUGGAUGGACAAACAGCUCCAGGGUUUUGUGCCCAGGUUUCCUUUUGUGCUGCUGAGGGGCUCCUUGCAGGCAGGAAAAGCCACCCAGCAUCUCCCCAAGCUGAGCCUGGGCUCUCCCAGCUGGGCAGGAGCAUUUUGCUGCUGGUGUCUGUCAGGGAAGGACAUCCAUGGGAUUAUUCUGCCAGCUGGAAAUGCAGAUCACACACAGGGGCCUGGCUCUUGGAGCAGGAACAGGAACCGACCCCCUGCCCUUGCGUAAAAUCUGGGAUUUCUGGGGCAGGGUUCCCUCCUCUGCUGCUUCCCCUCCUGCUUUUUGUGGAAUUCCUGCUCUUCCCCUUAAGCCAUGCUGGGAGGGCAGGAAAAACCCACAGCAAGUGCAGCCAGAGGGGCAAACCAAGACCAAAGUUAGGCCAGGCUCAAUGGGCCAGGCCAGAGCUGGGCCUGGCUCCAGAUCAUGCUGAUGGAAAGGAGGAUGAGGAUGAAGGAGUUCUGGAUUUUUGGAAAGGAGGGUCAGGAUGAAGGAGUUCUGGAUUGCUGGAAAACAGGGUCAGGAUGGAAUUCUGGAAAUCCACGGAGCAGAUGGAGCCAAACCAGAGCUCCAGGCUGCUCCAGGCCCUCUCUGGAGCUCUGCAAGCUGCUCCAAGCUGCUCCUCCUGAGCAGGUAUAUUUAUUUUUGAGGUGAUUUCCCCCUUUUUUCUCUUGCUAAUCCAGCAUCAGGCUCAGUUUCCCUCCUCCUGUGCUCCAUGUCCUGUGUGGGAGCAGCUCUGAUCCUCCUUUUGUCCCCUCUGGUGACAUUUCUCAGUUUUCCUUUGGCCAAAACUGUGCCCAAAGGAAAAAACCCAACCACAAAACAAACCCUGUCCCUGCUGUGCUGAGCUCUCAGCCCAGGGAAUCCUGGAAUAUAUAAUUUUCCUGGAAUAUAUAAUUUUCCUGGAAUAUUAUAUUUCCUGGAAUAUUUUUUGAAUAUUAAUUUUCCUGGAAUAUUAAUUUUCCUGGAAUAUCAGAUUUCCUGGAAUAUCAGAUUUCCCGGAAUAUUAUUUUCCUGGAAUAUUAUAUUUUUUGGAAUAAUAUUUUCUGAAAUAUUUCCUGGAAUAUUCUCAGCUGUUCACCUGAUUUCUCUGCCUGAUGUCAAGGAAUAUAAAUGCAAGAUUUCCUUCUAUUAACACUUCAGCUUUUAUGGAUACAAAGAGAAGCUCUGCUGGCUUUUUUUUUUGGUGUCACAUCACCACUUAAUCCCCCAGGAAAAAAUUCCCUAGAGGAGGAAUCUGCCUCUCAUGGUGGGGCUGGGGGGGUCUGUACAUUAAAUAUGAUCAAAGGUUUGCUUGGGGAAUGGUCAGGGAAGAAUUUCAUUUAAAACUGAGGAAUAUUGAUGGAAAAACAAAAACAAAAACGAACCAAACUCUUCCCACUGGUUGCACUCCAAUGCAUGCCUACUCUACAGCUGCCUGCAGAUGAAAAUCCUGGUUUACUCUUUUAUUAAAGGAAAGAAAAAAAAAAAUACUGUCUUAAUUAUUUAUAGUUCCUAUAACUGACAGAUGUCGACCUAAUGGAUAAAUUAUAUUUGGUUAAAUAAAGAUGACAUUUAUUUA